UAAACCUCAUAAAUAUUGUUUUUGACUUUUUCAGUCUUUUCUCCAUUACAGACCUUCAUUAGUAGUUCUAAAAUCUUAAUUACAUUUGGUGCAACCGAAAUUAAAUACUUAAAUCCAAAUGAAUCAACUGAUUAAAUUCUCCAUAAUUUUAUCCAUCUUGGUAGGUUUUUCAGUUAUCGCCGGAGCACAAUCAGACCCAGCCACUUAUCUCUAUCAUAUUUGCUCAAACAGAACCGUUUUCACUCCGAACAGCACUUACCAAUCCAAUCGAAACCUCCUCCUCACCGCUCUUACCUCUAACGCAACCCGCCCAAUCGGGUUCUACAACGUCUCCACCGGCCGGGAUCCCGACGAUGUAUACGGUUCAAUCCUCUGCCGCGGUGAUAUGUCCGCUGAUGCAUGCAAAAGUUGCGCCACCUUUGCUACUCAGGAUAUUGUUAAACGCUGCCCCAUCGAAAAAAAAGUCAUAGUAUGGUACGAUCAGUGCCUUCUGCGUUACGAUAACCAAUCAUUUUUCUCCAGAAAUGACGAAUCUCCUGUCGUAUACCUGUGGAACACGCAGAAUAUCACCGGUGACCAAGGUCAUUUUAAUAAUCUAUUAGCCACCGAUUUGAGAGCGGCGUCCGCGGAUGCUGCCGGUGCUCCGUCAGGAGCGAAAAAGUUUGCGGUUAGAGAAGCUAAUAUAUCAGCGUUUCAGAUACUGUACAGUCUCGUACAGUGCACGCCUGACCUAUCUGCUUCUGCUUGUAGCUUGUGUCUUCAGGCGGCUAUUUCAAAACUGCCGAAUUGUUGUGAUGGAAAGCAAGGAGGAAGAGUUUUGUCACCUAGCUGUAAUAUUCGUUACGAAAUUUAUAUGUUUUAUAACUCCACUAGGCUUGAAGCACCGCCGCCAUCGCCGAUGCCGCUGCUGCCUCCGCCAAUUCUUCCUCCUCCACCUCGGUCACCAGAAGGAAAGGGAGGCAUAUCAACAGUUGUAAUAGUAGCCAUUGUUGUACCAGUUGUCGUCUCUAUUGUGCUUUUCUGUUUGGGUUGUUGUUUCUGGAAAAGACGAGCAAAAAAGAAGUACGAUGUUGUUCGGGAAGAUGAUGUGGGAAAUGAAAUAACAACUGUGGAGUCCUUACACUUUGAUUUGAAUAAAAUAAAAUCCGCGACAAGUAAUUUCUCUGUUAAUAACAAGCUCGGUGAAGGCGGAUUUGGUACGGUAUACAAGGGUAUUUUUCCUGACGGGCAAGAAAUAGCUGUAAAGAAGUUAUCGAAAAACUCUGUACAAGGCGGAGAAGAAUUUAAGAAUGAGGUAGUGUUGUUAGCCAAACUUCAACACAGAAAUCUGGUGAGACUGCAAGGAUUUUGCCUUGAAGGAGAAGAAAAGAUACUCAUCUACGAAUUCGUGCCGAAUAAAAGUCUCGAUUACUUUCUUUUCGAUCCAGAAAAGCAAGCACAACUCGAUUGGUCUAGACGUUACAAAAUAGUCGGAGGAAUAGCCCGGGGAAUUCUUUAUCUUCACGAAGACUCUCGACUUAGAAUCAUUCACCGUGAUCUGAAAGUUAGUAACAUUUUAUUAGACAAAGAUAUGAACCCAAAAAUUUCAGAUUUUGGUAUGGCCAGGAUUUUUGUAGUUGAUCAAACUCAAGCAAGCACAAAUAGAAUUGUUGGCACAUAUGGAUAUAUGUCUCCUGAAUAUGCAAUGCACGGACAGUUCUCCGUCAAGUCCGACAUGUACAGCUUCGGCGUAUUAGUUCUUGAAAUCGUAUGUGGAAAGAAGAAUAGUUUUUUCGAUCAAGUGGAGGGUGCUAAUGACCUUGUGAGCUAUGUAUGGAAACAUUGGAGAGAUGGGACACCAAUGGAAGUAUUAGAUCCAACACUAAAAGAUAAAUAUUCAAGAAAUGAAGUGUUGAGAUGCAUACAAAUAGGGUUGCUAUGUGUGCAAGAAGAUCCAGCAGACAGACCAACAAUGGCAACAGUAGUACUAAUGCUCAAUAGUUUUUCUGUAACUCUACCAGUGCCACAACAUCCAGCAUUUUUUCUCCAUAGCAGAACGGAUCCAACCAUGCCUAUGAAGGGAUUGGAGUUGGAUAAAUCUAAUUCUGAGUCUACUACCAAGUCUAUUACCACAUCCGUGCAAUUGUUCGCCGAUGAAGAAUCAAUCACUCAAGUAUAUCCUCGAUAAUCUAUCUCAUAUAUUUAAUUUUUUUGAAAAUAAAUUAUAGAAACCAAGUUUGCUUGUUUCAUUAUGAUUACUAUUGGCACAAUGCAAUAAAGGAUUGAAGCUUGUUUAUCAUAA